UGUGCCGAAACGGAUUUUAAAAAGCGAAACGCGAAAUGCGAAAAGCGAAAUUAAAUUUAAAAAGCGAAACGCGAAAAGCGAAAAACGAAAAUCGUUUAAAAAAAGCGACACGCGAAAUGCGAAAAGCGAAAGUCCAAAAAAGGCGAAAAUCCGCGAAAUGCGAAAAGCGAAAUGCGAAAUUCUUAAAAAUUUUCCGGUAUGAUGGGAAAUCUCUAGAGAUUUGUCAACUCAGUGCUUUGUUGCAAAUCAAAGCCUCGACUGAGUCUUACAAUAGGAUUUUGACGGGCAUCAUGAAUAUCAAUUAUAUACUACCUAAAUAG